AUGUUUAAAAACAUAAACAAGUCAUUUUUAUUUGUUAACGUUACCUUUGCGAUGGUCAUACUAUGCUUAUUAAAGGGCUAUAAUAAAAACACAAGUAUAAUAUUAAACAAGUUAUAUUACAUAAAAACAUGGUUACUUAAUGUGCCAUUGGCUAUAUAUAGAAAAUAUAGAAGGAUCGACUUGCCCGUAAUAGAUAAGAGUAUAAUUGUAAAUGUAAGCGAUGAAGAACUAGAAGAGAAAUUUUGCCAAAUUUGCAAUGCUGUUAAAAUGUAUAGAAGCAAACUGAAAUUCGAGGAAUGGGUGUACUUGUAUGGGUUAUAUAAACAAAUCAAGGAAGGAGAUGUAAAGUUAAUUAAUGAUACCAAUGAGGAAUGUAGUCAAUGGUGUAGUAAUAGUGGGGAUGCAAGUGGUAAGGGCGAUUCUAGUGGUAGUGACCAUACAAAUGGUAAUUUGCAUGGAGGGAGGUACCACUGCAACAGCGGUAACAGAAAAGGAGAAAAAUUAGAGGAAAGCAAAAAUGGCGAAUUUGUUAAAAGUGCAAAAAUGAGGGCAUGGAAAAACUGUUAUGGAGUAAAUAAAAAAGUUUGUAAAUUUUUAUAUGUCGAAUUUUUUACCAAACUAUUUCCUAAUGCUUUAGAAAAUUUAAAUAAUAAUUUUACGUUUGAUAUUACCAAGAGCAUAAGUAAAAUGAAGCCAUUGAAGGAUAAUAAUUAUGAUCAAGAGGACUGCAUGAAUAAUAAUAGUAGUAACCUAUGUGAUAUAUUUUGUCAAGGUGUCGUAGAGGAAAAUAUAGAACAAAUAAAAAAUACUUUAAAAAACCAUCCUUCUUUAAUUAACAAAAAAAAUACUAGUGGAUUAACUGCUCUACAUUAUGCAUGUGAUAGGGGAUAUUUGGACAUUGUCAAAUUUUUAGUAGAUCAAGGAGCUGAUAUACAUGCAGAAGAUUCUUUUGGUGAUACAGCAUUGCAUAUUGCUGCUUAUUCAGAAAAAAGGGAAAUAAUUGAAUACUUAAUAAGUGCUGGAGCUGAUGCAAAUAGAAAAAAUUUGGAUGGGAUGUCAAUUACCUCUAUACUAAGUCAUAAUUGA